AUGGACCUACCUAGCUUGGAUCCACAGAAUCCCCUAUCACCUAGAGCCAACGCGUUCAGCAUCGCAUCACUGAUCUCGCCGUCUGCACAGCAGCGGGAACUCACCGACUUGUCUCCCUGUAAUAACGGUACUGGCAAAUCACUCGGAUCAAUCAGCGACGAUUCGGUCGACUCCUGGGGAACUCCUACACCGGUAUUAAGCGUCAAAGACAUGGAAGAUCGCAACAGUGGUUCCGACAACGGAGACAAUUUCUCCGAGGCGUCGUCCGAAAAAUCAGUCUGCAGCCCCGUGAACGGUGAGGACGGAACGGCUCGCGACAGGAACGGCGUGGACAUCAUCAAAGGAGAAAACGACGAAACCAAGAGCGAUGUUGUUGCUUUGAAAGCUAAAGUUGACACCCGGCCUCUCAGUGAUAAGGUCCGAUAUGUGGAAGUUCAGUUGGAAAUGAAAGGACUGUGGGACGAAUUCCACGUACUUGGGACGGAGAUGAUCGUUACAAAAAGCGGGAGACGUAUGUUCCCAACGUUUCAAGUUAAAAUCCGAGGAAUGGAUCCCAUGGCAGAGUAUAUACUGAUGAUGGAUUUUGUGCCGGUCGACAGCAAAAGAUACCGGUAUGCGUUUCACAGCUCUAGCUGGUUGGUUGCUGGACAGGGUGACCCCGAAAUGCCUGGGCGUAUUCAUGUGCAUCCAGACUCCCCAGCUAGAGGUUCAAUCUGGAUGAAACAGAUCGUAUCGUUCGAUAAACUCAAACUCACAAACAAUUUACUGGACGACAAUGGACACAUAAUUUUGAACUCUAUGCAUCGUUACCAGCCCCGAUUUCACGUCGUCCAUGUUAGCGGUCGCAAGGACCCCGAGAAUGCCCCAGAAAGGGAUUUCAACACUUUUCUGUUCUCCGAAACGCAGUUCACGGCAGUGACGGCGUAUCAGAACCACAGAAUAACACAGCUAAAAAUCGCCAGCAAUCCGUUUGCCAAAGGGUUCCGUGACAGUGACCCGGAUGACUGUUUAGUUGAAAUAUUGCCACACGGUCAACCCGGAACUAGACCAAGGAAUCACCAUCGUCCAAGUUCAUUACAAAUCGUUGGAGUUGCGAGACCGAGGGGACAAUGCAACGGCGUCGAACAAGAUCGGCGGUCAGAAGAUGAAAGAGACUCAAUCGUCAAUGCAACGACAGUGUCAGCGAUGUCAACCGCGGUUUCAAGUGCAAUGCUCAAUAACCAUGGUAACUUAAACCAUCUUAAUCCAAGCCCACCUGCUUUACCACCGCCGCCACCUCCAGCACCAACCACGAUGAACACAAUGAACACCGACUACACCAGCGGACUCAAUAUGCAAAUCACGCAAAACAACUCAUGCGCAGAGCAGGGGUUUGCACCUUAUCGCCAUGACAGCCAGUAUAAUUAUGGACCCAUUUCUAAUUGUUACCUUCGACCGCCGACGACGCAUAGAACAGCACCGUACCCCCAGAAUAUAUCGCAAUACAGAAACACUCCGUAUCGCAGUGCGACGGCAUACAAUGGACUCGGAUAUUUUGGACAAACCUCGCUGGAAUAUGGAACACGAUGAUGAUAAGCGGGGUCAAAGUCCUUGUUGGAGAAUGCGAGGCUACUAAUGUCCAUAUUGAAUUCUCGUCGCCAUGUUUAAUGGUCCAGGACCAACUAAUACUGAAGUUUAAAUGCCGGAAACAAAGUCCAGUUUGUGUGUUGUUUAGCUGGCAAGAACAGUACCUUCAGUGACUGUUUUAUCAAUACAUGGAAUAGAGGGUGUUUCUGAAAAGAAUAUUAGUACAUUGCAUACAUUGAGACACCGGAUUGAGAGAAUACGCUAUUUUAACUCAGAGUAUUAAAAAAGCAGAAACUUUAAAGAAAAACUAAUUUAAUACUGAGUUUUCCAAAAAUAUUGGAAUGAACCACAACGGAAUACAACUACACGUAUAAACAUAUCUGAAGGUGACAUUACGAUAACAGUCAAACCAAAUAUCAGGUGCUAACUUUAUAGCCAGGAGAUGCCCUAGCUGUCACGUGUACAUCACGUGAACUCAUCUAUUAUAAUGUAUUUACUUUUCAGCGUUCGGCAGUACUAAAAUGUUUAUGCUUGCCCAAUUGUUAAUAGCAAUAUAUUUUGUAGUUAUUUUAUUUGUUGGUUUACCAACAACAAGUCUUCUCUUUCAUGUUCAGUGAAGAGGGCAGUAUAACCAUGAAUCGGUGGUCGUGUAUACUAGUCUUUAUUUUAUCUGACAGUCAGGGCACAAUUGAAACUGCUGUACACGUUUUUAAGAAGUUUACGAAUCGUGCUUUAUGAAUUAUCAGUCGUUCAAGUCGUAUUCUCACUAAUCUACCGAAUGUCACAUGGUUCUUACUUUCCAUAAUUUGAACUAUUUUUUCGUAACAUUCGCCAGUUGACUUCCACAAUUUCUUAAAAUUGUCACUGAUAAAACUUUUAGUUGUAGUUUUUUCCGAUCUUCAAAACCGUGUGCAAAAUCAUUAUACACAUGCCUUAUGGGUUACUAGUAUAUAACAGGGUUACAUAUAGACAAGUUAACAGUUUACAAAUGUAAAUGAAAAAAAAAGUUAUAAAACUUAACAAAAUACUUUUUUCAAUUUCUAGAAUUUUGACCGACUCAAAUACACGAGAAUUAUAGCACAUUAUUACAGGGUAACGCAUGUACAUUAAAAACGAGAUGUAACUAAUACCUACAUUAUUUUCCACUUUUAAACUUUCUUCUUGUUUUUAUACGUCACUGUGACUGUCUUUGCAGUUUUAGUAAAGCAGUGACGGAGGGAAAAUUUCGGGGGGGGGGAGGCAAAAUUGGAAUCAGCCCUUUUUUUUUAGCUAAUUCAGUUGAUGUCACGUGAUUUCUCGUGUCAAAUCAACGUCUACCAAUUUCACAAUUACCUGACGGAUAACACACCAUUGUAGGAAGAGAAAUAAGAGAUGUGUCCCCAAAUCCUGUCAGAAACUAAUAUUUAUCAUUCUUAUCACAUGACCUCCAUAGAUUAAUUUUAUGAUCACGUGUUUGAUCUAAUUUCUUAUAUAUAUAUAAAAUGAUGAAUAAAUAAAUAAAUAAAAUAUUUAAAUGUUGA